AUGAGACUCAAUCUUGGGUCCGGUCUACUCCUUUUCCUCGCGACUAGCCAGGCUGUGGGCGCCCACAGCUGGUUCAGCAAAGCUGUGUACAACAAAUGGCAUGAGACAGAGCUGGAAAGAUGGCUUUCUGACCAUGAUAUCCCAUAUCCCUCGCCUGCGGAUCGUAAAGACCUUGAAACCCUUGUCAAGUCCAACUGGGAGUCCAAGGUACAGAAGCCUUUGGGCCAUGCAGCUGAGCAUGCUACCGAUUCCUGGCACAACGCCAAGGAAUGGAUUUUUGAUACAUGGACGGACUCCCAACUGAAGGCCUUCCUUGAUCGUCAUGGCGUCCCGGCGCCUCAGCCCCGCCGGCGCGAUGUGCUUAUCAAGACCGCUCGCGAAAACUACGAAUCGAUCGCAAAGAAGCUGAAUGAGGCUGCCUCGUACCCUGGAAACUGGGUCUAUGAGACAUGGACUGAGUCUGAUCUGAAGGAAUGGCUUGAUGAGCGCGGAUGGCCUGUGCCUCAGCCGUCUACCCGCGACAGGCUCGUUGCCUCUGUACGUCGCAAUGCUAGACUGGCUAGUCUGCAUGCACAGAGCAUUGCUGCUUCGGCCUCGGCCUCUGCGGAUGCGGCCCAAGCUACCCUUAGUGAAGCCUUGUUCAACGCCUGGUCCGACUCCGAUCUCAAAAAGUUCCUGGAUGAGCAUAACAUCAAGGUGCCGCAGGGCUCCAGGCGUAAUGAGCUGAUCGCUCUAGCCAGAAAGCAUCGUGCUCUUCUUGUUAGCCAAGCAUCCAGUGCUUCUAAGGCCGCGUCCUCUACCGCUGUGGACCUUAUUGGCGCUGCAACCACCAAGGCUGGGAAUGAGUACGCUCGGGCCACCGAUGAUGCCACCCUCAAGGCAGAAGAUGCGUUCAAUUCGGCCGUGGAAGCUUGGUCUAACUCGCGUCUCAAGGCAUUCUUGGAUGCUCGCGGCGUUCCUGUGCCCCAGAGCAGCAGAAGGGAUGAGCUCCUCGCCAAGGUCAGGCUCCACAAACACAAGGCAGCGACGGGUUGGACGGCUUGGACUUUUGAUACGUGGAAUACAGAUGAGCUGAGGAAAUAUUUGGCUUCAGUGAACUCCAAGGCAGCGGAGCGUGCGGAUCUCACUCGCGACGAGCUAGUGAAGCAUGCACAGGAGGCCUACGCCAAAGCCUCUAGCUCUGGCGGAUCACUCCUCGCAUCCGCUACCUCCUACUUGACCAAGGCCACCAACGACGUCAAAGACACGACUUUCGACACUUGGUCUCAUUCUGAUCUGAAGGCUUACCUCGAUUCGUACGGAAUCCCGGUGUACCAGGGCUCGAACAUCAAUGAAUUGCGUGCUGCCGCUCGACGCAAUGCCGAGUACUUCCGGUAUGGCACGCGCACUCCCCAAGGAACGCUGUAUGCGAAGCUGCAAGAUGCAACCAACUGGAUCCUGGACCAGCUGAAGAUUGGAGCAUCGAGUGGCCGGGCUCAGGCCCAUGAGGCGGCAGACAAGGUGAAGGAGAAGGCCUCUGAAGCGGAAGAUCAGGUUCGGGCCGAGCUGUAG